AUGUCGACCUACGUUCCCAAGCCAUCGCGCGACAACGUGUACCGCUUCUUCUUCACGGAGGGCGUGAUCGCGUGCAAGAAGGACCCCAUGGGCACCUGGACGGGCACCCUCGGCGGCAACACCUUCACCGUUCCGUGCAUUCAGGUGAUGCAGUUGAUGCGCUCCCUGAAGAGCCGCAACCUGAUCAAGGAGCAGUACGCGUGGCGCCACUACUACUGGACGCUCAACGACGAGGGUAUUGCGUACAUGCGCAGCUACCUGCAUCUUGCUCCGUCUGCGAUGCCGAACACGCAGAAGCCGAGCAGCGUGAACUUCGAGAAGGUGACAGAGGGCCGCGGCCGCGGUCGUGGCCGUGGUGGUCGCGGGCGUGGCGAGGGCCGUGGCCGCGGGCGUGGUGAGGGGCGUGGCCGUGGCCGUGGCCGUGGCUUCGGUGGUGAGCGCACGAACUACCGUGCCGCUGCCGCUGCAUCGGAUGGUGAGGUCGUCCCGACCCCGGCUGCGGAGUAG